UGUUUGUUUUAUUGUAUAAUAAAUUUGUGGUCAGCGUGUACAAGGUAGGUCUGAGCCAGCCGGCGGGGCUGUCGCACAGGGAGCGGCUGGUGUGGCUGCAGCGGCGGCGCGCGGCGGGCCUGUGGGCGGCGUGCGACGCCUGCGCCCGCUGGCGCUACCUACCCCACGUUAUUGACCGCUAUGAACUGCCAGACAAAUGGUAUUGUAAGAUGAAUCCAGACAAAAGUUUGGCCGAUUGUUCCGCCCCAGAAGUACGCAUACUGCUGCACGAUGAAGAAGACCUGAUCCAUAGUAGAUUCUCAGCGGGCUCCAUAGUGUGGGUGAAGAUGGCGGGCUGGCCGAGCUGGCCCGCCAUGGUGGAUGAUUGCCCCGACACCGAGCAGUUCUACUGGCUAGACGGAUUCUCUGAUAUACCGACUGAUUAUCACGUGGUUUUCUUCGAUAAAUGGGAAGUAUCGCGUGCAUGGGUGACCGACCAAAUGAUUGAACCUUUCAUUGUCAACAAUAAAAGUAAAAUUGAAGAUGCCAACCGAAAUAGUAAAUACGCAAAACGUUUACGAGUAGCCGUAAAACAAGCAACGGAUGCGUUUUCUUUGCCACUCGCUUUAAGAUUAAAAAAAUAUAGCUUUUUAGCGCGAUACAAAGGCAAAAUCGUAAGUCCUACUAAAGUAUCUAAAACUGAGAUUGAGAAAUACCGUAUGAGUCUCAAGAGAAAGUAUAAUGUUGACUUUCCUUUGAGUUCUGAUAGUGAUGACAAUUCUGAUGAAGAUGAACUUGUAGAGUGUAAAGGUAAAAUUGAUGCUGCAAAUAAACGUACGGACAAUGCCAUGGGGCAGAAGGAAAAAAUUAAAAGAAAUGAAAAACAGCCGGAAUCCGACAAUAAUUCGGAUUUCUCGAGCACUUUGAAUGAUGAAAUCAAAGUUAACGAUACAUUAAAAGACAUGAAUUCUUUGAAAGUGAAUGUUACUGGUACUGACGACGGUCUGGAAAACGCUUUUCCGAAUAAUGGUCUAUCUAUUAUCGAUGAAACUAAAGAAAUAAACCCAGACGAUGCACCCAUUAACUCUCAGUUACAAGUUAGAGUUGCUUCGCGUAGUAGCGACGAAUUCGAAUUUUAA